AUGACAACCUCGAGCGAAGAGGUGGCGCCUCAUUCCAUCGACCGCACGCCAGAAUACGAGGAGUUUAUGGAGAAGCUGAAGGAAUUCCACAACAAUCGCGGCACAGUCUUGGACCCCGAGCCGAAAGUUGGCCUUAUUCAUCUCGAUCUCUUCAAAGUCUUCAACCAUAUCGUAGCCAGCGGUGGCUAUGACAAGGUAUCGGAAGAAAAGCUGGCCUGGCGUCGCAUGGCUGCUGAACUCGGUCUCUUCUCCAACAACGAAGCGUCCACAGCCUUUGCGCUCAAGGAAAAGUUCUACAAGAACUUGGCGGCCUACGAAAUCAAGACGGUCUAUGGCAAAGAGCCACCACCGAAGGAUAUUCUCGAAGAUGUUACUGCCAAAGGCGCCGGACUUUUAACAAGAACUCGCGAAAAUUUCAGAGGCAAAAGAGACAGCAAUGUGGCCGGCAACGACUCGGCUGCCUCCGGGGACGAUGGAACCCCCGUUCGCGAACGACCCGCCCCCGAUGCCGUCUCGAGCGCCAGAGCUUCUCGUGGCUUAAGAGAAGCGCCUGCCCAACGCGUCAUAUUCCAGCCGGAUACUGGCCCUAGCAGAAUCACGCGGCAAACCACCAGUCAACAUGCCGCAGCCUCAUCCCCCCAAGUCCAAGGGCACGCAGGCAUGCAGGGACCGCCGGGCAUGCAUGCUCGGGGCCCCUCGAUCGCACAUCAUCCACCGAAACCUGAAAAUACCUCGACUUCAGUAACAGCGUACCAGCCCCGACACGUAAAGCCCCUGCAGCUGCGACCCGUCGCAACGCCUAGCAAUGCGCCGAGCGAGUUUCCCAGGACACGGUUGUCAUAUCGCCCAGCGCCGGAUCCCCGUCAGCCUAUGCUCCCCGGAACUGGCUUCGAUGGUCCUAAUAUCUACACCCGCUGUCUUAACGCUCUUAGAUCUCAAAUUCCUACUGAGCAGGCAUUUGCGCUGAAUCAUCUUGUCAAGAUUUCGUUCGAGCGAGGCGAUAAGUACAAAUUUGAUUCAUUCCCUGGCCUGGCCGAGGGCCUUGUCAACAAGGCUCUCGAGGUUGGUGAGCUUUUUUAUCACAUCCAGUGGAAAGUCUCUUGGGACUCCGAGGAAGACUCUACAGAGCUCGGUGUUCUGGAUGGCAAUUAUGGAACCCCGGACAUCCUGGAGAGAAUUGGGAACUUGAUCGAAAAGAAUACGCCGGAUAUUCUUCAGACUGGGGAAUACUUCGACCAAAUGGUUCUAAUCACUGAGGCAAUUUUGACAAUACGCAACAUGGUCACACUGCCCGAGAACGCGCACAACAUGUCUGAGUUUCCUCCAGUGAAGGACCUUCUCUGUAUUGUUUUGCAUCUUCCCGAGAAGGACUCGUUGGUGGAAAUAAAACACAUGGCUCUCGACAUCUGCGAGCAGAUUACUUCGUUCAUGAUUAUGGAUUCUGAUGAUCCCUUGUACAGAACGCUACUUGGGCAAAUGACAUCGGAUGACCGUGGUACUAUUCUCAGCGCCCUGCGAGCGCUAGGACGCAUCUCCAUGAAUCUGGAAGCCACGAAUCAGCUCAAUGAAGUGCCUGGAGAUAUUCUGCAGCGCAUUACGAGCUGGCUAUUGCUGAAUGAUGAUGAGCUUAUUGACGCCUGCCUCGACUUUCUCUACCAGUACACCGCUGUCGUUUCUAACCUGGACAAUUUGAUGCGCUCCACACAUCCGGAAGGCCUUGUCGACCAACUUGUGCGUCUUUUAGCCCACGGUGCCCGUAAGGUCCAGUACGACCUUAUCUUGACGCCAGAGCAGCGAUUGCCGUCCCGCGACGAGGUGGCGCCUAUGCCAGAGGACCUUUUGCAUGAGAUGCUGAAAUUGGAGGAGCCCGAUAGGGUUCAUCAAUGGGUCAAGUCAUUCUUUGACGAGGACGGCACUUCAUUUGUCACUCAGCUCGCUGCCUGGCAAGCUUACCAAGCUGCCUUCUCUGCUCCUCUCAAGGACAUGCAACAGCAGAUGAUUACACCGGCCGACUUCAUUAGAAAUAGUACGGCGGUAUACAAGGGCUCCAAUGCACAGGUGCUGCGCGAAAACGGCGAUGGCCAACAGAAGUUUAUUAUUCAUGGCAUUCGUGCCCGGCCCAACCCGGUGACACUUGACGGCAAAGAAUAUGGACGCUGCCUCUGGGCGAGUGAUCCGAGCCGUCGUAACGCAAAAUGUGGCCAUUUCUUCCUCAAGGCAGAACAGAUGUGGCGCCACAUAAUGACGGUGCACCUCGGGGCUACCAUGGAUGAAGAAGAGAAGUUUGAGAAUACUGAAAAGACAUUCGUCUGUACUUGGGGGGAAUGCAACAAACACAGCACGCCGACAAAGAUGCACUUGCGCGACUUUGCCCGCCACGUCACAACACACAUCUCGGGCGUCAUUCCCAGCUCCGUUGGUGCCGCCAGUGACGGCGCCGCCGCGGCACCUCCGAAGAGAUGGAUCGUGCCCGCCAAGACGCUGCCCGUCACAUUUGAGGAAACGGUCACGGUGCGGGACGAGCGCAACCCGCAGGCGCCCCCGCAGGCCGCCGGCAUCCCCCUCAGCGCGGUGCUGGUGCUGCGCAACAUUGCGCGCAACAUUGUCAAGACGGAGGCGGAGGAGGAGCUAGUCAAGUCGCAGCGCGGCACGGAGGAGAAGGGCGGGUGGAAUGAACGCCUGUUCCGCGCGUCGACUCCGCGUCUGUACGAGCUCUUGGCCGAGAACAGACCAAUGAGCCCGUACAUCUCGUCACUGCUCGACCUGAUCCAGGUUGAAAUUGAGAUCCGCCACGAUUCUGAUGACGAUGAAUGA